AUGCCAUCUCCUCGCGUGAGGAUCUUUACUCCGUUUCUAUUCAAUGCAAAUGCCUCGUCCCCACCACCGGGCCGGCGGACUCGAGCGCGUGCGGCUUCAUUCUCAACAACGGCGUCAGCCCGGUAUGCAGCUGGGCGAGAACCGACAUUAUACGAGGUCCUCGAUGUUCCCGUGACAGCAACAGCAGCAGAGAUCAAGAAACAAUUCUACUCCCUCUCCCUCCGCCACCAUCCAGACCGCAACCGCGACGACCCAACCGCCUCCUCCCGCUUCGCCCGCAUCUCCUCCGCCUACCACGUCCUCAGCAACGCCGCAAAACGCUCCACAUACGACCGCGAGCACGGCAUCGCCGCCCACCAUGCCGCCUCCACCCACAGCGCCGCGAACCCCGGCCAACACCCCAUGGGCAGCUACAGCAGCUACGGCGCAAACCUGCACACAAAGGGCGGCUCGUACGCCGGCUCCCGGCCCGCCAGCGGCCUGAGCAAACGCCGCGGUACUUUCCGUGGCCCGCCCCCGUCCUUCUACGCGCACGGCGGAUACGGGAGGACUGCAAGGCCGCCGCCCGGGAGUGCGGGCGCAGCGGGCGGCGCCCGCGACGAGGAUCCGACCUCGUUCCUCCACCGCAACACCGUCCACCACUUCAAUGCGCGGGGCCAUUUUCGGACGCAGACGGCGGAGGACACUCGGCGGCAGGAGCGCAGGACAAGGGAGAUGGGUGCCGCCAUGAAUGAGCAAUAUAUCGGCCGGGCGGGGGACUUUGCGCUGCGCUUCGUUGUCGUUUGUGGGAUUCUGCUGGGUGCAGGCGCCAUGACGGGUUGGCUCCGCUGGCCGACGAGUGGGAAGUCGGGGAAAUCUGGUCAGCGGAAACAGGAUUAG